AUGAGAAGCCGCUGCACUGCAACAACAGACACAGUCUGUGCCCCCUGUCAAGAUGAAUACUUCAGUAGUGAGCACAACCACAACUUCUGCAAGAGUUGUACAAUCUGCAGCACAGGGAAGGGGAGUGUGGAAGUGAAGAAGUGUGAGAAGACCUCUGACAGAAUUUGCAUGUGUGUUGCAGGUUACAUGCCAGAUGUCAGAUACACACUGGGAAGCGCAUGCAUACAAUGUCCUGAAGGAUCUUACUCCAUAGGGGGAAAUGAAAACUGUCGACCUUGGACCAACUGCAGCAAGCUUGGGAAGAAUACUCUUCGACCAGGGACAAAAACAGAUGAUGCUGUUUGCAGCAACCACAUCACAGAACCAGCUGCCUCUCAGAGUACAACACCUGCUUUCAAUCUUUCCACCACUGACCACAAGAAUAAUGUGUCGACUGCGGUGGUCUCACCAUCAAGACCCAGUGUGAUUCCGUUCAUCUGCCCAGAUAUGAACAGCCCCACAGAGACUAACUGGGGGUCUCUAUCACUUAUCCUUAUUUGUCUGAUACUGCUUAUGGUGAGUGGAACGUCCAUCCUCCUGUUGAUUAUCCAGGCAGCCAAAAAACAGACCAAGAGGAGACCUUGUAGAAACAACCACCAGGAAAGGAGCUUUCGAAUUCCUAUCCAGGAAGAACAAAUUGACUCCAAUUCCAGUCUCAUCAAAAACUGA